UGUAAGCUUUGGUACAACUAUAAAUUAAAGUGAGCCACAUAAACAAACUGAAUAACAAAAUCAAGUUACAAGUCUAAUAACAACGUAAAAAGAAACAUACACAACUACACACACACACACACACACACACACACUGACAAGCACACACUCAGAAGUGCAGACAUCAUAUCAACAAAGACAAACAAGAGGAAACAGAAUCAAGCAAAAUGGCCUCCGGCCAGAGCAACAACAACAGUCCCGACCCCCUGUACGAUCUGUCAUUGAUGGCCGUUGUCGACUGCCUGGACUGCAAAGUGACGACGCUGAAGCGCAUCAGCAAGCUGCCAGAGCUGCCGGACAAUCUGCUGAUCGAUGUCUACGAGCUGAUGUCCCAGCAAGCUGACCUUAAGGACACAUUAUUGGAGGAGUUGUCUCACCUAGAUAUAUUCCGUCGUCUGGUCCGUUACACAUCGGCCCGCGGCAAGCUGCUGCGCAUUGUGGCAGCUUUGAUGGCCAGCAACAAGGCGCUGCCGCGGCGCCUCAGCGAUGGCUAUGUGGACCGCUUUGCGCUGCCCGAGAUUGGAACAGAAGAGAGUGAACUCGAUGAAGCUCAACCAGCGGGAGCAAAAACUGUUGCUGGAACGGGAGCUGCAGCUGCAGCUGCAACUGUAACUGGAGCCGAAACCACUGCCACCACAAUGGACGUAGUUGCUAUUGCAGCCAGUUGCCUAAAUCACAUGACGCCUAAAGAGAAUCAUGCAGCGGCCGAAGCCGAAGCCGAAGCCUUGUCCAUGGACGAAUUGCCCGAUGAGGAUGUCAUGGCCAUCGAUUUGGGCCUGCGCUUGGGCAGCUUUCUCUCCGAGGCUGGCUGGAUGCAGGAGAGCAUUGCGGUGCUCUCCUGCCUCAAUGAAAGACUGAAGAGAAUGCAAGCGUUCCAGGACGGCAUAAUCACGCGACUCGAUUGCCUGCAGCGCCUGCUCUACGCAGAGUCUUCACUUUGCAACUUCAAGCUCGCCCAGAAGACAUACGCCGAGCUGAUGGAGAUAAACAGCCUGCUGACAGACUCGGUGCCGGCGCCGCUAGUUGCGAUGGCCUACACCCAAAUCUCGUCCAUGUACUAUGCGCGCAACGAGUAUAACAACAGUCACAUGUGGAGCGUGCAGGCCAUGCGCCACUUGGAAGCGUCGGCGCCCACACGUGUGGCGAUCGAUGUACUGCGUCAGGCGGCCAAGGCGUGCGUGGUGAAGCGCGAUUUUGCGCGGGCCAAUUUGCUCAUCUGUCAGGCAGUGCGGCGGGCUCGUGAACACUUUGGCCCCAAUCACCAGAAAUACGGCGAUGCGCUGCUGGAUUACGGUUUCUUUUUGCUGAAUGUGGAUUCGGUGUUCCAAUCGGUUAACAUUUACAAGGAGGCGCUGGCCGUGCGUCGCGGCAUCUUUGGCAACAUGAACUUCCAUGUGGCGAUUGCCCAUGAGGAUCUGUCGUAUGCCUACUAUGUCCAUGAAUACAGCACCGGGGACUUUAGCUGCGCCCAGGAGCACGUCGAUGAGGCGGUUAAGAUCAUGAAAACUCUGGUGCCCAGCAAUCACUUAAUGUUGGCCUCAGCCAAGCGCGUGAAGGCGCUGCUGCUGGAGGAGAUUGCGCUGGACAAAAUUGCCGACGGCAUGGAUGAGGAGGGUCUGCUGCUACAAUCGGAGGAGUUGCAUAAUUUCGCUUUGCAACUGUCGCUGGAGGUGUUCGGCGAGGUGAAUGUGCAGACGGCCAAGCACUAUGGAAAUCUGGGGCGGCUCUAUCAAACAAUGAAUCGCUUCGAGGAGGCGGAGCGAAUGCACCAAAAGGCGAUCAGGAUUAAAACUGACCUGCUCGGUCCGUAUGACUACGAGGUGGGCCUAUCCAUUGGCCAUCUCGCAUCGCUCUACAAUUAUCAAAUGAAGAAAUUCCGUCAGGCUGAGGACUUAUAUUUGCGCAGCAUCGACAUAAGCUUGCGUUUGUUCGGACGCACCUAUUCCGGACUGGAGUAUGAUUAUUUGGGUCUGUGCCAUGUCUAUGAGACUCUACACGAGUUUGAGAAGUAUUUGCGAUAUGCUCACAUUCUAGAAAACUGGCAGCAGCUGCGCGGUCAGAAUAUCACACAGAACAAGUCUAGCUAUCCGGCCAUCGAGGUAGACUACACUAUUGAGCAGGUCAAGUCAAAGUUCUUCAGCAUGAAUGUCAAGCGUGUGCCCACUCCGCCAGAGCCCAAGAAUUGAGAGUCAACAGAAAGUUUAUGAAAACAUAAAAUGGAUCAAAAUAUAUUUGAAAUUUGGGUCUUGGUGAAACACGAGAGAAG